CAAAACUUACCAUACCUUUAACAAACUUUUUUUUGUUGUUGUUGUUAAAGAACAAAAGAAUGUAAUGUAAACGAAGCAAAUUUGAUUCAUAAUAUAACAUUUCGUAAAAUGGCAGAAGAAGGUUUAUUAUUUGCGUCUCCUAGUAGAUCAUCAUCUUCUUCAAUUUUGUCUGAAAUAUCAAAAGCCUCUACAAAACCUUUUGUUCUUGCUUUCAUUGUCGGUUCUUGCGGUGCCUUUGCCUUUGGAUGCAUUAUCGGAUACUCAGCUCCUACACAGUCCGGUAUCAUGCAAGACUUGAAUCUCUCCAUAGCUGAUUACUCACUGUUUGGAUCGAUAUUGACGGUUGGAUUAAUCCUUGGAGCAUUAAUCUGUGGGAAGUUAACAGAUUUGGUUGGUCGUGUCUACACAAUAUGGAUCACUAACAUCCUCUUCGUGAUCGGCUGGUUUGCUAUUGCAUUUGCCAAGGGUGUUUGGCUUCUUGAUCUCGGGAGGUUGUUGCAAGGAGUCUCGAUCGGAAUUAGCGCAUAUUUGGGACCGGUUUACAUCACUGAAAUAGCACCAAGGAACUUGCGAGGAGCUGCUUCUUCCUUAGCUCAGUUAUUUGCGGGUGUUGGUAUAUCGGUCUUUUAUGCACUUGGAACAGUCGUUGCAUGGCGCAAUUUAGCCAUUUUGGGAUCUAUACCUUCUCUAAUGGUUAUGCCUCUUCUUUUCUUCAUCCCCGAAUCUCCUAGAUGGCUAGCUAAAGUUGGGAGGGAAACGGAGGUUAAGGCGGUUUUGUUAAGCCUUAGAGGAGCAACAUAUGAUGUAUCAGAUGAAGCAGCAGAGAUAUUAGACUAUACAGAACAUGUUAAACAACAACAAGACAUCGAUGACCACGGUUUCUUCAAACUAUUUCAGCGAAAAUAUGCGUUUUCACUUACUAUUGGAGUUGUUCUUAUAGCUUUGCCUCAGCUUGGAGGUCUUAACGGUUAUUCUUUUUACACUGGCUCCAUUUUCACCUCUACCGGUGUAUCGAGUCACUUUGGAUUCAUAUCGACUUCAGUUGUUCAGAUGUUUGGAGGCAUUUUAGGUACCGUGCUUGUCGAUGUAUCUGGAAGACGUACACUCUUAUUGGUUUCUCAAGCUGGAAUGUUCUUGGGCUGUCUUGCUACAGCCAUUUCAUUCUUCUUGAAGGAAAACCAAUGCUGGGAAACAGGAACACCUAUCUUGGCUCUAAGUAGUGUUAUGGUGUAUUUUGGAUCAUAUGGAUCAGGUAUGGGAACAAUACCAUGGAUCAUAGCAUCAGAGAUUUAUCCAGUAGACGUGAAGGGAGCAGCAGGAACAAUGUGUAAUUUGGUCAGCUCUAUCAGCUCAUGGCUCGUUGCUUGUUCCUUCAGUUUUUUGCUUCAGUGGAGCUCCACAGGAACAUUUCUGAUGUUUGCCACAGUGAUUGGCCUUGGAUUUGUGUUCAUAGCCAAGCUUGUUCCAGAGACCAAAGGCAAAUCUCUAGAAGAGAUUCAGUCUCUUUUUACUGAUCCUCAUGAAGAUUCUACAAUUUUCUAAAAUUCCCCACAAAACUGUAUUAGAAGAAACAAGUAUGUGCACAAAAAAGUUUUAUUACAAAGAUCAUCUCUGUAGACAUUAUUGUUUUUAUGUUUUUAGCAAGAGUUAUACUAUUAACAACACCUUUCACAAGAUUCACAUAAAACUAUCAAAACAUUACAUAAUACAAAGUUUUACAGAUACUGAAACUAGAAGUGUUCUUA